GUGUGCUAUCACAUACUAGCACAAGCUUCUGCCAUUUUAGACCAAGCUCAAACCUCUGCCAUCUUCUGCACAUUUCACAUGAUAUCGGUUUAGCUUUCGUUUUACUUACAUAAAAUUCAUGAAUUAAAUGCACUUUUAUUUUAAUAGUACAAACUUGAGAACUAUUUGAGGGGAUUUAAAGAUUUAGCGGAAAUUCAAUAGUGAUUGGCAGCACUGAUUGAAAGUUUGAAGUACUGUCAUUUUUAGAAAAGAAACGAAGCGGCGUCGCUCAAAAGUCAAGAAACCUUAUUUGCAAUCCGUAAGUAGCUAAACAUGACUUCGCAAGUAACUCCACCAUCAGUAUCUUGGGCUCAACGAAACGCUCGUAUCUUUUUAACAUUCAAUGUUGAAUGUGAAAAGCCUGAUAUAAACAUUGAACCUAAAUCGAUUACGUUCAAAGGAAUAUGCGAACCAGAAAAAAAAAUGCACGAGGUUUUAAUACCACUUUAUGCUGAAGUUGAUCCUAAAAAGAGCAUGUGGGUUAACAAAGGAAGGUUAAUUGAGGUACUAUUGGCGAAAGAAAAGGUUGAUGAGCCAUACUGGCCUUCAUUAACAAGUGAUAAAAAGAAACACCAUUGGCUUAAAGUGGAUUUUAAUCGCUGGCAAGAUGAAGAUGAAAGUGGAGACGAUUUAGACAAUAUGAAUGACAUGUUUUCGGACAAAGAUAUGAACAUUCAAUUUGGUGGAGAUAAUGAAAAGGAUGAUUCGAGCUCUGGUGAAGAAGAAGAUUUACCUGAUAUAGAAUAAACUGUUGGUCAACAAUUAAAUAGCCAAAAAUUCACUAGUGUUAAGCAUAUGUAAUUAUGGACAAUAUAUUUUGUGCUUUUUGAUUAGAAAUAAGAAAGCACCAAGUCUUACUGUUGUGGUAAAGCUAGGUUAAUUUAGAUUUAAUAAAGGCAAGAAUGUGAGAAACUACAGAAUGUAUGUGCUUCUAAUGUUUUGACUAGCCAGUUUCAGAAACAAACACUUGAACUGUUGUUAUACUUGUAAUAUUAAAUGUUAAGUUCAAUCAUUUUACAUAUAAUAGUGUACAAUGUUCAUUAUUCUGACUUUAAUGGACAUGUUAUCAGUGGCUGGUUCAAAUUCAAGUUUAAAAAAUUUUACUUUGUUAUGUGAAAAAAUACAUUUUAAGUUUUAUAAAAUGGUUGCUUGUAAAAUUGAAACAUCUUUCAGUUUAAUUAAAACAUUCUGGAAUAAACAAAU